ACUCCAACUUGUCAGGAGAUAUACAAGACGACAGUACCACAUGACCCAGAGGGCCUGCUGGGAACUCUCACUUCCUGUUUCAUGUGCUUCUUGGGCUUCAGAUUUAAUUGA